AUGGAAGAGAAGAAAGAUGUCUUCGCGGAUAAUAGUGACACUGAUCAAACUGGGGCAUCGGAGGAGGCCGACCCCGAGGCGGAGUAUCCACAGGGCUUGAAACUAGUCCUGCUUGCUGGUGCAUCGGUUAUGGGCGUCUUCCUAAUUUCUCUGGAUCAAACAAUCGUUGGUACCGCGGUCCCUAAGAUCACGGACGAGUUUCAUGGUCUCUACGAUGUAUCUUGGUAUGCCGCCGCAUACUUCAUGACCUUCGGUGGUCUUGAGGCUACGUGGGGAAAAGCUUUCAAGUACUUCGAUCUAAAGUACACCUUCAUCGUUUCGAUGGUGAUAUUCGAGGUUGGUAGUCUGAUUUGCGGUGUUGCUCCAACUUCCAAAGCUUUGAUCGUGGGUCGAGCUAUCGCUGGUUGGGGUGGUGCUGGAAUUUCAGUAGGAGGAACUAGUAUUGUUGCCUUCAGUACUCCACCAAGAACACGACCGAUCAUGAUGGGUAUCAUUGGACUCACCUAUGGUCUUGCUGCCGUUCUUGGGCCCUUGAUCGGCGGUGCCUUUACAGAGAGUGUGACAUGGAGAUGGUGCUUCUACAUCAACCUGCCGAUUGGAGGUCUCGCUGCUGGUCUAGUACUUAUCUUCUUCCAUCUCCCAGCUGCUGCCAAACCACCAAAGGUCAGCCUAAAGGAGAAGGUGUUGCAACUAGACCCAGUCGGCGUGGUACUGGCCAUGGCCUCGAUUAUCUGCUUCCUCCUGGCCCUUCAAUACGGCGGCAACACUUUGCCCUGGAAGAGCAGCGAGGUUAUUGGACUGCUAAUCGGGUUUGGUCUCCUCACAAUUGCUCUUAUUGCGUGGGAGAUCUAUCUCGGCGAGUAUGCUAUGCUCCAACCACGAUUGUUCAAACAACGGUCAUUGUGGAGUGUUGCCCCGUAUCAAUUCUUCUUCAUGGGUACCCUCAUUCUGCUGCUUUACCAACUGCCCAUCUACUUCCAAAGUGUCAAGGGUGCCAGCCCAAUCGAAUCUGGUGUCGACAACCUUCCUAUGGUUAUCUCAGUGGGCAUCUUCUGCGUCGUUGGCGGUAUAGUGGUUUCUAAAACCGGCCAUGCAGCUCCGACGAUGUUGGCUGGCUCAGGGAUCGCCACGAUAGGAAUUGGUCUAUUCUGUACUCUGGAUAUCGACACCUCCAUUGGAAAGUGGAUUGGCUUCCAGAUUCUGGCUGGAUCUGCCAUCGCAUUCUCUGUUCAGAACGGCCUAAACAUUGCCCAAGCCAAUGUGGGCCCAGAAGAUAUCUCAGCUGUCACAGCCAACCUUUACUUCUUCCAAACAGUUGGAGGUGCAUUCACCACCGCAGCGGGACAGGCGGCAUUUAUCAACCAAUUGUUGGCCCAUUUGCCGAUCAGCGCCCCUCAAGUGGACCCGGAGCUAGUUAGUUCAACAGGUGCUGCACAGCUCCGAGAUGUGUUCGGUCCGGAUGACCUUCCCGGCAUUCUUAUUGCCUAUAUGCAAGGACUGAAGACUACCUUUGCAGUUGCAACUGCGCUGUCUGGCUUUGCCUUUUUGUCUACAUUCAUCAUCCCCUGGAGCAAACUUCCGACACAUACCCCCGAUAAGGAUGACAAGAAUGCCCCCAUGAUAAUGCCUUGA